AUGAGGAAGAAAAUCGACAGUCAUGAUGAUUAUUUGACAAACCAGGGCGUCAAAAUAGAAGCAUUGACGGAAGAUUCAACUUCUCUUUCGAACGAUUUGGCUGAUAUCAAGAUGACAGUUCAUGAAAAUUUGAGCAACUUGAAACUUGUGGCAGGACAGAAUAAGAAUGAUCUUGACGCGAUGAAAGAAAAGUUCAACUCCCUUUACAAGAGCAUGGAAACGAUGACAAAUGGAGAGGAGUUCGUUGCACAACUGGCCAAGAUCGAGCGAGUUGUUUCUUUGUCGAAUUCAACGGUCCUUUCGUCUCUUUCUGAUGCAAAGCAAAAGAUUCUUGAGCUGAAGACGGAGUAUGAGACAGACUUGAAAAAACUGACCAACUCCCUGUCAAUAACGGAAUCGAAGCUGUCGGCGAGCAUUGCUCAGCAAGUGAAAAAAUAG